GACAGAGUGGAUGUGCUGCUCUGCGCUCUCGACCAACAUUUGACUUGGUGUUUCGAAGUGGUGUGCGAGUACACAGUGUAUGUUUUUCUGUUGAACUGGGGUGUGUAAGCACACCAAGUGUACCAAGACUAUUUAUCUACAAUUCGUGAACAGACAUGUGGAAAAUGUCUUUAUUUUGGUUAAUCUUGGCUCUAUCGGCACAUUCUGUGUUCGGCGUGUGUUAUUUCCCCGUUGAAUACCAGGGGAUUUUCGCCACACAGUCCAGCAUCUCCAGCAUCUCAGGGGGGUCUGUGCAUCAGUACUCUCAGGUGACCAUCCUCCCCGACGCCAUCCCUGUCUGGGGCGUCUGCCACAAGAAAUUCGACAACAACGUCAUCCUGCGGGACCCUACAGGAGGCGAGGACUGCUUCAGGUGCUUCCACGUGUCCCUGCACUCGGGGAACGUCAUCCAGGUGUACACAGAAGGCCUGAACAAGUGCUACUCGUCGGAGGAAGCGGUGCUGCAGACCUGCCCGACGAUUCAUGAUAUCAAGACGAAGCGAGCCAGGGAGAUCAUGCUCUACAAAUCCCGCAGCUUCACUCAGGACGGGCUAAUCGACCGCGUCUUCUGCCCGAUCAACGGCCGCUACCGCUUCACCUACGACGUUAAUGAUGGCACUGAGUCGACCGUGGAGUGCCCCGAGCCGUCCUCCGAGCUCUCGAACUGCCCGAAGGGGUCGCAGUUGCAGCUCAGAUUCCGGCGCUGUUCCUUCGGCGAGCUGGACAUGGGCCUUCGGUGCCUCGGGGACUGGGAGGGCCACGACGGGCAGAAAUACCUGGCACUCUGGGAUCCGGAGGUGACCACGGACCACCAGCCUCGAUACCGGUGCGCUAUGUACUCGGUGGAGGAAACGACGGGCAGGGUGUUCCUGAGCUUCAGCAUCGACGCCACCUGCACCAACCACCUGCACAGCCCCUGGGACGGAUACGAGUCCAUGGUCCUCACGCCUGUCACCCCGCCCACGCCGCCCGCUGUCGUCCAGACCACCGCCUGUGCCUUCCCCGAGUGGGCGCAUGGGUCGUGGCAGCAUUUGCAGAUCGAAUCGAAUGAACUUUGGCUGCAGGACGCGGGGUCAGACAAGAAAUACCGGACGCUGUGCCUGUCCCAACACGCGCCCCACGGUGAACGCUACGCCCUCUAUUCUCAGACGCAGUGUGGAGAGGAAGAAUUUACCUGUAUCUGGAUCAAGAAGAGAGCUGUCAACGUUAUCGAAUACCAAAUGGCCUCUUACCCAAGUGACAAGUACAACGUCUCAAGAAUCUGUUCAGACGACAUGUUUCGAGGACAAGAGUGGAUCACGCAAGGACGCCUCGACCCCGAGAACCACGCCGGCUGUCCGAUCACGGGCGAGUACACGGGCGUGAUUCCCGACGCGAAGGAGCUGUGCGCCCGACUCGCCUCCGACUGCAGGGACCCCCAGCACAUGUUCUAUACCGUGUCCUCUUGCUUCAACUCCACCGAGGUCUAUGAGGAGCGCGACUACCGAUGCCUUGGCCAGUGGUCGGAGGGGGGGGUUAUGUAUACCUUCACCCACCGUCGUGAUGUCAACAUUUACGAGUGUUUUGCGGGCGUGGUUGUCAGCAGCAACGAGAUCUACAUCAUUGAGGCUGGCACGAGUUGUCAGCGCGGUCUGCAGCCGUUAGCGUAUGGCAUGAAGCUCGUCAGACAAGCCACGUGUAGCGAGAUCGAGGCACGGGAAUCCACGCCCCCUCCCCCCCCACCCUCCUCCUCCAUCCCCCCCUGGUGGCCCCAGACGACCAAGAAUCCUUGGAUCAAGAAGGCUUCCACCACCACGGAAACCCCCACUUGGAACAACGAAAUUCCCAGAGCCGCACCUUCGAGCAGUUCGAGAACGACCACCACGACCUCCUUCAGAUGGCUCAUGACGACGACGACCCUGUUACUGUUGCUCUUGUCGUCUCCUUGAUCCGAACGACUCCUCGGCAGCGGUCGUUCAGUCGUUUUUUUGUUUUUGUUUUUUUUACGUUCACUUUUUUCGUUAUGAAGUGUGUGGUGUGUUCGUGUGCUCAUUAGAGGCAAUUUCUCUUGUCUUUUGUGAUCAACCAGUGAUACGUUUAGAGAUACGAGUGUACAUUUUAUUUGUUUUUUGUUUUUAUGGUCAUCUGUUCAUCCAUUCAUCCUUCGCGUUGUCAUGUAUCCAUUUUUUUCGUGUAAUCAAAAAGAGAGAGGGAAAAAAAUGAACUUUUGUAUACCGUGGAAGUAUUCUCAAGCAGUAUUGUAAAUGUGUCUUUCUUUCUCUCAAUUACUGUUUUUUGUGUGUAAAUAUGUAUUGUUUUCUUUCCUUUUCGUUCUUUUUUAUUUCUUAUCUUUUCUUAUCGAGGCUUACAACGAAAGACGCUGAGGCUGACAUGUUUUUUUUUUGCCGAAGCCGCUGUGAGUUUAUAAUUCUGGUUUGCUCCUAUUGCUUCUAGUCAAUUCUAUUAUUAUUUUCAUUAAAAAAGGGGUUUAGUCGGCUUUGAUCCGCAUCUGCCUAUCGCCAUCAUCGUCAUUUUCAUCAUUACGUCAAAAUCAUCAUCAUCAUCAUCAUCAUUAUCAUCGUCAAAAUCAUUCUAAAUUUCAUCAUUUAAUCACCCAAUAAUUCAUCCAGAUCAUAAUCAAAUUUAACAAUAUCAUUCAGUAGGGAAAAAAGACAAUUUUUUAAAAUUCUUUCUAGAAUAAAAGAAAGAAAAAGAGAGAGAAAAAAAAUCGCUAAAUUCGGUAUCAAUGGAUUAAAAAUGAUCUCAAAAAUAGGCCUACUGUAAUUAGGUCAUUAGUGUAAGGUCAUUUGUUUGUAAGAGCUUUGUGUGCGUGCGUGCGUGUGUGCGUUCGUGUAAGCUGUCUCUCGCUUUGCUUUCUUGCCUGUAAUAGGAAAUAUUGCCUGUGCAGCUUUAUAUGGCAACACUGACCGCGGAGGAAACAAAAUGCUGUUAUUGAAGAGAAGCAUUUUGUUGUUAUUAUUAUUAUUAUCAUGUAUCAUUAUCACUUUUUGUCUGUUUCUACGUUUUCUUUUGGUCAUUAUUAUUACUGUUAUUGAUCAUGUCAACUAAUAAGGUUGUUACGGUUUUUAUAUGAGUAUUACCUCGUGUCACAAGUUGAUGAAGGAAGUAUAAAGAAAACGGCGCUUCAUUUGCAAAAGUUUUCACUACGCAGAUGUUAGUAAGCCAAUUGCUGUGUCAAGGUUCAUGAGAGUCAUGUCAUGUCACGUUUUUUUUUCUCUUUGUUUUAAUGCGGAGGCGCAGAACAUGAUUGUCAUUAAAAUAAUUAGAAACAAAUGGAAGAUUUCGUAAUUUUGAAAAUGUUUUUCAUUUACAGUAAUGAUUAUAGUUGUCAUGGAUUAUUUUUCUCAAUUGUUAAAUCAUCGUUGGUAUUAUCAUUACUGAUUAAUUUUGUUAGUGUCAUUAGAAUUUUUUUUUAUAUAGGCAUGACAGCCCCCCCCCCUUGACAGAACAAGUGUUUUGUCCUCCGCGUGUCAAGCACAUUACUAACCUAGGUAUUCAUCCGUUUCUAGUCAUUGUCAAUUGUACAUUUGUGAAGAAAGUUAAUUUACGUAAAAAAAACAUGUAAAUAUGUCACAGUCUACUGUACAUACACGAUAGUUGUUAUUGAUGUAAAUAACACCAAAACACCAGUAUUACAAAAAUAUAAGAUAUUCUUUACCACACCAAAAAUAUCAUUGCAUAGUUAAUUUACGUAUCUAUACAGGUAUGCUUUGCCAAAGGAAAAAAUUGACUUCUUUUCUUUACACAAAGAAAUUCCUUUAUCAAAUACACAUCCAUGCCAAGUUUAUAUUUUCGUUGUCUUAGUUGUCAACAUAGAAAACGGGAUGCAGUAAACAAAAACACGUGGUUGCCAGUCCCAGUGAUGCAAUACAACCACGUGACAAUUAUACAAGAUUUUGAAAAUAAUAAUGUUAACUUUUUCAUAUAGAUUUGUUUUUUCAAGAAAUGAAUGGUUUUUACUUCAAUUUAGACUCAUUUUUUUCUCAUAUUUUCGUUUUGCAUUUUUUUUUUUUAUUAUUAGUUUUAUUUUUUGAGUGUGUGUAGUUACGAAAGACUUAAAUACUGAUGUUAUGAAUUUCCUGUUAUCCCAAAAGACUAUGUUUAUUUUUUUUGGAUUAAGCUUUAUGUAUGUGAAACAUAUUAUGUAGUUUUAUGCAUUUUUGUUCACACAUAUUAUUAUUAUUAUUAUUAUUAUUAUUAUUAUUAUUAUUAUUUGUGCAUGAAUAUAGCAUAUUCUCUGGUUGUACAUAAUGUAAAUAAAAAAACGAUU